UUAACUGGGAUUGGAGACGUAAGACAAGCAAAUUUGAAGAUCAGAGUCAUCGUCGUGUAUUGCUGAGGAGGAAGAAAUUGCGUUGUUUUCUACUCCAUGUGGUUUCCGUUGAGAAGGAACGCAAAAGCUUUGUGAGGAGACUGAUAAACUUGACAAUUUACUGGGUUAUUUUUGGGGGGGAAGUAUUUCUGGCCUUCAUGACACAAGGAACUUGAUGAAAGCUGAUAAAAUGUAUACCACCUCUGCAUCGGCAGCCGCCCAGAUGAAAGCUGCAGCCCACGAGCGUUGGCUGGCCGCCUUCAAGAAGGUCUUAAGGAGAAACGCGAGAUUCCUGCAAGAAAUCUCUAAAGGGGCGGCAUGGAGAUUGGAAGAUGAUGAGACCAGGAACCCACCACCGUCUCCGUCCAUCGAUGACACUCCCUUCGCUCGUGCCACCUCGCAGCCUUACUAUGCUGUGCCGCCAAAGUUCACGGAUGAGGAGAAAUCCAGUAAGAGCAACGGGAGCAGUGGUCUCGUCAAGCUUGCCCGACGGCUCAGCCAGAAGGGUGACAGGAGAGAAAAUAAGGGUGACAAACCACCCUGUAGACAGCGUUCCAUCAGCGUGGACAGUAAUAGUGAAGAGGAUCCCCUAACUAAUUUGGACCAUUGGCUCUGGCCCGUUGUUUUACCCGGGAGUGACGCCAACCCAAUCUUAAGACUUAAAUCUGGUGAUGUUCGGAAGGCCCAUAGCAUGGAGAAUCUCCUACAGCAGACCAGCGAUCAGAGCAAAGCGUCCUCCAUUCCACCUUCACCGACGGCGCCCCAGAAGCUCCAUCGAAGCUGGUCGGCGAAGAAGAGGAGUGGGAGCAACACAGACGUCGAUGGAGGAGGGAAGGAUCGAACCAAGAGAUACUCCAAACAGAUGACGGAUAGCCAGGCAUUAUUUGAAGCAGUAGAGCACCAGGACUUGGACACAGCGAGGUUGGUUCUGGAAACCAAUGGGCUGGAUGUGAACCUGGUGAACGAUGACGAGUUUACCGCGCUGGACAUUGCUGUCAUGACUAACAACAUGCCCAUGGCGAGAUUACUGCUGUCAUGCGGGGCAAGGGAAAACCCAAGAUUUUUGAUGAAGGAUGCGAGAGCGACUAAAUUGAAUACAUUAAUAAAUGAAGCUGAGGGCCAGGUGCAGGAUAUGACAACAAGAGUCGUCCAUACUGGACUCGGCAACUCCACAGGGUCAACAGGGUCAUCUAAGGAUUUGGAGAAACAGUUACGAGAUUGGGAGUGGAGGUUCAGGCUCCUUAAGCGGAUGAAGACAGGUUUCGAACACGCAAGAGUACCAGACCAUCCAGCAUGUGUUAUAUUAAGUACGGCUAGCAGUACGUCCCUACAGGUCAGAUUUGAGGAGCCACUGAAUGCAAAUGGCGCAGCUGUAUCGAGAUACAAAGUUGAAUGGAGUUGCUCCGAGGAUUUCUGUCCACUCUCUGGCGAGCACAUACUAUAUGAUGUCAGGUACCCUUCUUAUAGAAUACACGGCCUGCGUCAAGGUACCAAGUACUAUGUCAGGGUGUCGGCUUUCAACAUGAAAGGUUUUGGUCCGUCACAAACCCCCACCCCUCCUUUUGCAAUACCAUCAUGCUGGCGAGACAUGCACGGCAAUAAAUCUCGUUUCAGCGGUCGGCUCAACAUGAUCGAUGACCUCUUCCAGCAGGUCAGGGACACCAGGCCGACAGACUCCGGCGAAAUCAAGACAGCUAGUUCACCGAGAGCGUCACCAAAUCAAGUCAGGAAAACUGUCCGGAAAAGCCUCAAGAAUUUCUUCCAAUCAGCCCCCAAGUUCCAAAAACAUCUGAAAAGGGGUGUAUAUCUAGCAUCAGUCAUGUACAACGAUGACAAGGUGUUAGUAACGGCGGAAGAUCAACUUCCAAUUGUCGAGGUAGAUGAGACCUUCUCAAGUAGCAUCCAUCAAGAUUUCUUGUGGUUCCUCAAGGUGGCAGGAACGUGGGAGGACGUCGAUCUACUCCGCUCGGAUCUGGAGAGGACCAGCGGGUCGUCGCCGGCCAUUCUCUUCCGUGCCCGCCUCCUCCAAGCCGCUUCCCUCUUGCAGACGGCCCUCGGGACCCAAGAUUUGGGCCAGGUGUUCUACGAGCCCCUCAGGGACAGUCAUGGGAUCAUUAUCAUCACUAUUAUCAACCAAAUCAGGGAUCCACGGGUAAUACAAACGACGUCCUCAUUGAAAUGGGUGAACAUGAAUCGUAUACAGAAACGUAAAUCCAUGAACGUGGAGAACCCCAUGGCUGCCGAGAUGCUGCUGGCUUCAUUACCAGAGAAAAUCUUGUACCACCAAGUGAGUGGUAUCCGACUAACCAAAGGGCUGUACUUGGGCUACCUGAAGUUAAGGAGCUCAGUAGACACGAUACGAGUCCAGGUACCAGAGAAACUGCCGAGUGUGCUUCCUCACGUCAAGCUGAGGGAUAACCCCAACGUAUCGCAGGAGGAAUGGGAGUGGCUUCAUACAUUGGAUAAUUGCCAGUCCAAAAGAAACCCGACCAGAAUACAGGAAGAGUUCCAGCAGUUCUUGGCCGCAGGGACGAGGAAACUACUUAAGAAGAUGGGAGUAACAGAAGAGGAGGCGUUGACCCAUAGACUAUGUGACCUCGAGGUCAUUGAGAUGAACGAACAGGUUUCUGUGGUGUUGCUUUUCCCUCCAUCUGGCAGUGUAUGUCUAGGACCAGGCACAUCCGAUGAGUGGAUGGUCAGUAAAGAUUACAUAUCAAUACCGGUUCCAGUGUUUGAGAUGGUCCACAUGACGACGUAUCAACCGGAGUUCAUCCGUCGUUUCACUCGACUGUCAUCCAUCCUAGAGAUAGACUCGUUAAUAGCUCAGCAAAUGUUACGUGAAGCGUUCUCGUCGGACGAGGUCGAUAACGCCAAGCUGAGACAACAGCAGGUCUCGGACUUUCAACAGGCGCUGGAAACAACAUGGAAAGGUAUGCGAUGGAUAAUGGAUGUUUUACAGUAUGCAAGAGACAAGCAACUGAGGGGAGGUGUACCCCUCUCAGUGCUCUAUGCACCCCCACCAUCACCAGUGGACUCUCCCAUGGAUGUCAUUGGAGAUAUGGAAAAUGUAUUCAACGAAAAAGACAAGUACACGCUGCAGAUCCCAGUGAACGGCCAGACACAUAAUUUGCAGUACAUCAAUUCCACCAAUGAGAUGCCUUCUACUGGAAUCCUAAGAGUCUUCCCUGAUUAUCAUUCUGGCCUCGCUAAGGGAACAAGUUUAAAGCUACACGUCACAAGCAAGACGACCUGCCGCGAAAUCGUCAGUCUCGUCAUACAGCAGCUGAACAAGGCUGUAGAGUCGCACAAUCUAGACUCGCCAAUCUACCUCGAGGAGCAGUGGGACGAUUUCGGUCUAGUGGCCAUCAUCAGCAAUAAAGAAUAUCAACUACGUGAUGACCACUGCCCGCUACAGCUGCAGAACCCCUGGACCAAAGGCCACCUCUAUGUUCGGACCAAGGAUGGGAGCGAGACGCUUCUCAGCACGGGACCAUCCACUGCGGUUUAGCUGCAGGCUCUUUGAGGAAUUCUUCUUUUUUAAUUCUUUCCUUCUUCCAAAGUGGAGUCAAGUUAUUCAAAAGUUGAGAAAUUUCGAGCCAAAGUGGAGUUUGAACCAAAGUUGUUGUCGCUCGGCACCAUCCACGGUGGUUUAGCUGCCAGCUCUCUUGGAGAAAAGCUUCUUCUUUUUAUUUGGUUGUUCUUUCCUUCUUCCAAAGUUGAGUCAAGUUGUUCAAAAGUGAGACAUUUCGAGCCAAAGUGGAGUUUGUUCCAAAGUGGACUUUUCACUUGGACCUACUUUUUGUAGAGAUAGUAGGCCAAAAUACUAGGGCUUAUUCAAAUCAAUUUGCAACAAAAAUUAUAUACAUGGGUCCAGUUAGACAAAUACUAUGUAUCUUAUAUGGCAUUUCGGCUGGUAAGUUACAUCUAUCAAGACAUGUCCUGUGGCCAUUACAUCAGUGUUUGACUCCAGCAGAAUGAUUUACUUUUCUCAAAAAGGUUAUUUUGUUAAUAUUUAUUGCUUACUAUUUUCUUAGGGCUAUGAAUAAAUUUGAGUUUUUCUGAAAUAUUUAUGGACUAACCUAAUCUUUAAGGAAGAAUGAUGGUGAUUCUAUUGGACAUCCUUAAAUAUUCUCUGCUUCUUUUCUGUUUCAUUUUAACAAAAAUAAAAAUUGAAAUCUAGAAGAGAUGACUGUAAAUUUUGUGCAGAGCUGCUGAAAAUAAGAAACUGCCAAACAUACUCUGGCGCUAAGCCAAAGCUAUUCGAAAAUGAAGUCAAGUUGACAGGGCAAAUGUUAAAAGUGGGCUUGGAAUGUUCGUUUGUUUUAAGAAACAAAGGCUUUUUUUUCUCAAGGUUAAAGUACCUAGUCCAUGUCAAAUUUUUGAGGUUUUAGGGUAGUUGUUUUUUUUGCCUUUCAUGUUUCAGUGAAGGUAACAUUUAUCAUUGCCAAAAAUACCUGGCUUUCUGUAUUUGCAGACAGAAAUCACUCAACCCUUAUCACCCAACCCUGGCAUUGUUUUAAAGAGAGUCUACUGUUUCCUUUUUAGCCUUGAAUUCAGCUUUUUGUUAUUUGUUUUUCAAAUUUUUGUUGGGGAGGGGGAUGAUAAAUCAACCCAUCC